GUGGUAACCACAACACGGACACCAGCUGGAGACAAAUCUGUGAUUAAUUUUGCUAACUUUAGCUGCAAAAACUAUUUAAGUCGUAUCAUAUGGUAUCUUAGUUUUAAAGAACAGAAGGACUAACAUCUUCAAGACGCUUGCAAAGACUCAAGAAAUCAAAAAUGAAUCUGUCUGAGGAGCAGCAGGAUAGCAGGCCUCCCAGCAGACAAGAAGUUGAAGUGGAAGAACAAGUGGAAGACAAAGAAACAGAGGAGGACAUCCCCCUUGUGGCCCUUGCGCCUGAUGCCUCGCUCCCAGAAGAGCAGCCCCUUGCCAGCAUUGAUGUCUCUGCUAGUCCUGCUUUCCAGUGGCUAGACGAGUUCGUGUUGCUGGGCAAGAUCAGCCAGACCAACGUAAUCAAACUCAAAGCCAGCUACAAGCUACUCUACGAUACCUUGAAGAGUACUCAGGAUUGUGAGAUCCAGCUUUUGGGAGAAGCAAAGCGAUGUCGUGCUGAGCUGGAGAGGCUUCGGGCCAAGGUGGAGAGUACAGAGGAGCAGAGCACCUCGGAGGAGCCUCAAAGUGAGGUCAACGAACUGAGGCAACGGCUCCUCCAGGCAUACAAUGAACUGAAAGGUGCUGAGGAGAGAGAGUACAAGACACAACAUGAACUGAAGUGUCUCUGGGAGGAGAAGCAGUAUCUGGAGAAAGAGAAUGAGAUUCAGACAAAACCUGCUGGGCUGGACAGCAAUAUAAAGGCCAUGCAGGACAAAUAUGAGGAUCUGAGGAAAGAGGUGACCCAGAGACAAAUAGAAAUCAGAAGCUUGAUGGAAGAUGUGGAAACCCAUGAAAUGCAGAUAUUGAAAGAACAGAAACAGCUGGAAGACAAGAAGGGGAUGAUAGAGCUUAAAGAGGCUGAGAAAGCACGGUUCAUCUGUAUACCUGACCAGAUUAUAAAGGAGACUGAACGGAAACGCUCGAAAAGGGAAGCUGCAGUGAAGAAGAUGGAAGCUCUAAAUAUGGAGAUUUCAGAAGUGGAGCAGCAAGUGAAGAAGGUGGAUGAGCGUAACCAUUCCAUCAGGAGGAAGAGGGAGGAGGUGAUGCAGGAGCAGGAGGGUCUCAGGGCCCAAGUAGAGGCCAGUCAGAGGGAGAACAGACGGCUGCUGAAAGAGCAGGAAGUCAGCAGGGAGGAGGUGGCUGAAUUCAUGGGCAACAGAGGCAUCUUGGAAAUGAAGCUAAAGAGCAUCAUGUCUGACAGAAAGCACCUGUUUGAGAGCCAAUCUGUGCAGCUCAGGGAGAAAAACAGGCAGAUGCAAGUCCUCAAGAGGAUGGAGCAUGCUCUGACCAUGGCCACAGAACAGCUCCAACUCACACAAUCUAUCUACAACAGGUUGCUGGCACAGUUGGACGCUGUGCCCAAAAGAGAGGCUAGCAUUCAGCAACGGAUGGAGCUUCAGAAGGAGGUGGAUGCUCUCAAAGUCAGCUUUCAAAAACAGCUACCAGUGGCUGAGGAGGAGAGCCAGAAGAAGCAGCAGUAUGGGAUGAUUCAGGAGCUGCUGAGGGAGUCAAACCGCCUCAGAGAAGAGCUCCAUAACCUCAGAUGUCUCACACAGAUCAAAGCAGAGGAGAGGGGCCAGAAGCACCGUGAACUGCUCAGGGCUGAGCAACUGAACCAGCACAUCCGGCGGGAGCUUCGAGAGAAAGACCUGAUCAUCGCGGACCACAACAAGCUCAACGCUACACUACAGCGCAGAAUAUCUCAGUAUUCUAAACUGUGUGACAUGAUCAUGGAAGAGAAGAAUAAGUAUGUCCAGUUGAAGCAGAUCGCCUCACAGACGAUCACAGAGUUGACAGAGCAGAUUAAGCUCCUGGAAAAUGAGAAGGAAAUCCAACGCACCAUCAUCAUCAACAAGGAGAGAUCACUUGCAAAAGCCUCUAUGAAGAUCUCUAAUAGCUCCACAAUGAGGGACAAACUACACAAUGACAUCUCCAAGGUUGCCUGGAAGCAACGUCAGAUCAGUCAGGAGUUUGAGGACAACAAACUUGAACUGAUGAGACUCGCACAAAUGAUCAACCUCCAGGAGGAGACGCUUCUGGAAACAAACAAGAAUCACGAAACUGCCACACAGCGACGCAACUUUCUAGGAAUUCAGCUCCUGGAACAUGAGGAGGUUUUGUUCAACUACCAUGAGAAGAUAAACAUCCAGGAGGCAGCCAUCGCAAAGACCAAUAUGGCUCUGGAGACUGUGGAGAAGGACAUGAAAGACUUGGAGUUAACGAUCAAAGAGGAGAAGAGGCAGAUAGACCUGAAGAAGAAAGAGGUGCUCCUCAAGAGAAAACUGGAGGGAGAGAUCGUCAUGCUGCAGAUAGAGCUGUCAGAAGCCAGGGACAAAACCCUCGAAGGUCUGAAUCGAACAGUCGAUUAUAAAGAGCUAAAAGGCAGCGACCCAUCGACUGCAGAACUGGUCAAAAAAAUCGAGCAGCUCGAGGUGAAUUUAGCCGAGCGCGAGAGGCAGCUGCUGGAAAAGGAGCUCCUCGUGGACCAGGUGACCCGACUCUCGAAGCCACUCGGCGAGCGGGCCGAGAACUGCCAACAGGACAGACUCACACUGGCAAAGAAGCUGAACGAGCUCCGAACCAACAUAAUCAACACCAACCACCGUAUGAUGGCCGUUUCCGCAGAGCUUUCCAUGAAGCAGGCGGUUGCUUUGUCUCAGCAGCAGCAGAUGAAAGAGAAAGAGCUGCAGAUGGACAGAUGCCAGCAGCGGCUGGAGCAGGGCCUGCCACCGCAUCCCGAGAUGGAGGAGGAGUGGAGGAGGAUGCUCCGGGACAAGAAGAGAAGACAGAGGGACAAAGAGGCGAGAGCUAAGCUUGCUGAAGAGGAGGAGUGGAAACAGCUGCCCAGUGGACAAUACACCACGGCCGAAGCUCGCCCGAACGCCUACAUCCCCCAGAAUGACCCGCUCCAGGUGGCCAAACCCUACGGCGCCCAGGCCCCUUUCAAACCCUCCCAACCAGGCGCCAACAUGAGACACAUCCGCAAACCGACUCUCAAACCCUUAGAGAUGUAGAAAACAGCUAAGUGCUCUUUCUUUCCAUCACAAUCCACUCGGUUUUCAUCACUGUCCUUCAAAAACAUUUAAUCUUGUCUCAAGGAAUCAGCAGAUCUUAAAAAACCAAUGGCCGCUUUAAUUAUUAAAGAUGUUUUCGGUGCAAUUUCUCUGAAUUGGCUCAUUCCCCCCUGCCUCUAGUGUGUGUUUGUGUCCACUAUCCAGCAUACCACUGCUGCUUUGUCAUGUGAGCGUGCAUUUGUGAACUGCAUCUGGUUUUAAUCUUCUUUUUUUAAAUUUACUGGGAAUAGCUUGUUUACAGUCAGCCCGCAGUAACACUAAAUACUGCAGAAAAGUGGAAGGGAAAUCAUCAGAAACGUGGGAAAUAAAAUUUGUAUUGUUCCAUAAUAUUCCCCACUUAUGUUCUGUAUUGUAGCAACACAUCACGGCUGUUUCUACCACCUUGCUCUCCGAGAUAAAUUCAUUUCUCAGGGACGCCGGAGUAAUUCUACAUAUUCUCCUUGAGUCUUGUUGCUGUUUCAUCCCUCACGCUUGUAAUCUUUGAAUAAACUGCAAUGGGUUUAAGCUCUG